CGAGCUAGCUGUAACCGGCUAGCGGGUCUGCCGUCGAGUUGACACCCUCCCCAAACCUCGGCAGCAGCUAAGCUGCACAGUCGACAUGGCAAGAAAAUAUCGCAACAAUUUCCUAAAGAAAGAUGGAAAACUUCCAAGUCUUUUGGAAUAAUAUUUAUCACGCAAUGUGAUCCAAAAUCCACAAUGUGUGAGGACGUUUAAGAACGAUUGAGUUCGGAAGAAAUCAAUUCUUGAUUCCAGUGGAAUCUUUCAUAUAUAUAUAUAAAUAUAAUUAUUAUAUUUUUUCUCUGUGUUAAAGCUUAAAUUCGUUUAUACACACCCAUCCCACUAUAUAACCAUGCCAGUCCAAGCACCACAAUGGACAGAGUUCCUGCUGUGCCCAAUCUGCACGCAGACAUUUGAGGAGACUGUUCGUCGGCCCAUCAGCUUGGGCUGUGGGCAUACCGUCUGUAAGAUGUGCCUGAACAAGUUGCACCGUAAGGCCUGUCCUUUCGACCAGACAGCCAUCAGCACAGACAUCGAGCAGCUUCCUGUCAACACAGCCCUUCUGCAGCUGGUUGGAGGCCAGGUUCCUAAGGCUCAGCCAGUUGCCUUGAUAACCAGUCCAGAGGACUCGCAACAUUAUGAGGAGGCCAGGCAGUGUGUGGAGGAGCUGGCCCUGUACCUCAAACCCCUCAGCAACACCCGAGGUGUGGGUCUGAGCAGCACGGCCCAGAGCAUGCUGAGUCGACCUAUGCAGAGGAAACUGGUAACGCUGGUCCACUGCCAGCUGGUGGAGGAAGAGGGACGUGUCAGAGCCAUGAGAGCUGCCCGCUCUCUGGGUGAGCGGACUGUCACUGAACUCAUCUUGCAGCACCAGAAUCCACAGCAGCUCUCAUCCAAUCUGUGGGCUGCAGUUCGUGCACGAGGAUGUCAGUUUCUUGGUCCAGCAAUGCAGGAAGAAGCUCUGAAGUUGGUCCUUCUGGCUCUAGAGGAUGGGUCUGCACUGUCCAGAAAAGUGUUGGUUCUCUUUGUAGUCCAGAGGCUCGAGCCACGCUUCCCACAGGCCUCUAAAACUAGCAUAGGCCAUGUGGUACAACUCCUCUACAGGGCCUCCUGCUUCAAGGUUACCAAACGUGAUGAAGAUUCAUCCCUGAUGCAGCUGAAAGAAGAGUUCCGUACGUACGAGGCUCUGCGACGUGAGCAUGACUCCCAGAUUGUUCAGAUUGCCAUGGAGGGUGGAUUGCGUAUUGCACCUGACCAGUGGUCUUCUCUGUUGUAUGGAGAUCAGUCUCAUAAGUCACACAUGCAAUCGAUCAUAGAUAAGCUGCAGACACCAGCAUCUUUUGCUCAGAGUGUCCAAGAGCUGACGAUUGCGCUGCAAAGGACUGGUGACCCAGCCAACCUUAACAGGCUGCGUCCGCACCUGGAACUAUUGGCCAACAUUGAUCCCAGUCCCGAUGCGCCACCUCCUACAUGGGAGCAGCUUGAGAAGGGGUUGGUAGCAGUAAAAACAGUGGUACAUGGCCUGGUGGACUUCAUCCAGAAUCAUAGCAAGAAAGGAGCUGAUCCUCAACAGCCUCCUCAGCACAGCAAGUACAAGACAUACAUGUGCCGUGACAUGAAGCAGAAGGGCGGCUGUCCUCGUGGAGCCAGCUGCACCUUUGCUCACUCUCAGGAAGAGCUGGAGAAGUAUCGUAAGAUGAAUAAACGCCUGGCAGCUCGUCCACCUGGCUCUGUAGGGCUCUUGCCAGAUGAGGGCCUUUCUCUUGAUGUAGCAGUGACCCGGAAGCCUUCACCCCUAACCAAUGGGAGUGGUGCACCUUCUUUGCCCCAACUCAUUGCCCGGGGCACAGACUCAUAUGAACUGUUGCGCAAACCCAUGAAGCUGGAUGGAGCGACUUCCAGUGCCCCAGGAUCACCACCUGAUGUCAUGGACUCUGUGCCCAAACCUGGUAUGCCGUUGCCACCUCAUGCCAUGACCCACCCAAGGAUGCCGGGAGAUCACCUCUCUGGUGUGAAGCACAUGCCUGUGGUACCCAGAGGUUCACCAGUGUACUCUCACCCUCAAAUCCCUGAUAUGUGCUAUGACACCCGCCCACCACCUGCCUCGCAGUAUGAGUCACAGUAUCCUCCAGGGUACCCAUACCAACAACCACCACAGUAUGUUCCUCGGGAUUACAUGCGUAACCCUCCUCCCCCCAAUGAGUCAGGACCCCCUUACCCGGAUCCAUACCCCAGCUAUGGCCAUCCAGAGCGUCAAUACCAGGCCCCUCACUCUGGCGCACCCUUCUCCUAUCCUCAUCCUCCUCAUUAUGACAGGGGUCGCCACGGGGCCUACACUGGCCCACCACCUCCUCAACAAUACACGUCUCAGAGGGAGAGCCUGGUCAGAAUGAGUCCAGCUCCUGGGGAUGUUCCCCCACCCACAGCGGGACCGGCUAACUCAAUGUACCACCAGGAUCCCAGCGGCCGGGACAGAUACCCACCAGAUGCUUACUAUCCACCAGGUGCCCAGCCUCAACCCAUGAGGACUUAUGUCAGGGGUCCAGCAUAUGGUAGUUCCCAGCCAAGCCUGGACUACCUGCACAGACGUCGGCAGGAGCUGCUGUCCCAGCUGGAGGAGAGGAAGGUCAUCUCCCCUCCACCCUUCGCUGCAUCGCCCACUCUUUCGCAUAACUUCAGCAGCAGCGACUACCCUCCCGAGUACGGUGAGGAGAGCUCCAAGAUGCAGAAAUGCAGAGAGCCUGACUAUACAGGGCAAUACUCUCCCUGGUCCUGUGAUACUAUUGGCUCAUACAUUGGCACAAAGGACGCCAAACCCAAAGACGUUAUGGUUCCUGGUGCAAUGGAGAUGAUGAAUGUGGAGGCUAAAGGUCUGAGGGAACCAUCAUUGGAGGCUCCUCGUAGAGGUGCAGAAGUAAAGGAUGACGACCCUAUAAUACCGUUUGGUCCCCAGCCCACUGUAUCUCGCUUUGGUGCCAUCUCCCGCACCUCAAAGACGGGCUACCAGACCACUGGCCCUGUGCAGGCUAUGGCCGCCACACCCCAGAACGCAAGUUCUAAACACAUGGCCUUGCCAGAAUACACAUAUGGAAACCAUGGAGGAUGGGGUGGAGCUUCAUAUCCCUCCCACCAGACUGCCGCCUCCUCUCAGGGACACUUCAGUGAGCGUCUACCUAUGGCAGCUCCAGACAGAGAGCAGUUAAAGAUUGAGCUGCAGCAGGUCAACCAGCAGAUCACUCAACAGACUCAGAUGCAUACCAUGGAGGCUGCCAGUAACCCUUUACUCCUGCAGAGGGAAGCCAGUACGAUGGCUGGUCAGUCCGUGCAGUCCAGCCAGGGCCAGGCGGCCGUGAACCCGCAACAGCCAAAAUGGCCAGCAGGGGGAGGAGGUGCAACAGCUGUCUCCAGUGAGCAGCUAACUCUAGAGCUCGACCAAGUGGAGAGAGAGAUUGGCAAGAGGACCCGAGAGAUGGCUUUGGAAAACCAAGUAGCCCAUGAUGUUCAGCAGUACAAGAUGAAACCUGCAGAGAAUGGACAGCCGGAGCACAAGGCUCAGCUGGAAGAGAUCUCUCUGGCUCUUGGCGAGGUGUCAAACGGCUCCAGCAGUCUGCAAGAAAGUGCAGUGGGCGGGUCCAUGCUGUCACUGACGAAUAAGACGUCUGCAUUGAGCCUGUGUUCUGAUCCAGGUGCCGCCGGUUCAGAGAUGCAGAAGAAUGGCGUUGUCCAUUCCUGCUCUUAGAAAGUACACACAUGUGCGCACACACACACACACAAACACACACGCACACACACAAACAAACACACAUAAGAUGCUCAGUUGAAAAGCAUGCACAGGCACACAUACACCCAUUCUAUUUAGAAGAUGAGCAGUAUCUGCCGUGAUGAAUUUUCUUUCUUUUUGUUCUGUGAAUGAGCUUUUUUAAUGACUUUCCUUGCCUGGAAACCAGGGAAUAUGAUAACAUUUCUUGUGUGUGUUGUUAUUUUUAUUUUGUACUGGGAUUAGAUUAACAAGGCUCACAAUAGAUAUAUCAGGAAGAGAAAAUGGUGGUGAUGUUGACAAUGUUAGAACUUUAUUUACAAAAGGAUAUACUUACUCCGUUCUCAACGAACACAAAAGGAUAGGCAAGUAUUCGAUCCUCCACGUGUAAGAUUCUGGGUUUCAUUUUCUAAGCAUACAUGUCUAUUAACGGUUAGACACAGAGGAGCAGGUUAACCAGCACUAGCACACACACCCUGAAGAACUUCUUGCAGUCCUGUAGAUGAUUGUAGGACACGGCGAGACGCAUGUCGCUUGGUUCUCACCCCCAAAAUCGUAAAAAGAGGUUGCCCAGAUCUAGAUGUCUGAGGAGGGAAAAGCUGUACAACAAUCCACAUGUGUUCAACCAAAAUGGACACACGAGGUGUUCUAGAAAUGAAGUGUUGCACCCGCGUGCACAUCCUCGCCUGCCACGAGAAGUAUAAGUUUAUUAUUACAUUUUCUGAACACAUCAUAUGUCUGUUUCAUACUUGAAAGCAGUAUAUUAUAUAUUUAAUUGGAGCAUUCUGUUUUAAAGAUUGCAACAAGUCUUUUUGAUAACAAGCUUUCCAUGUUUUCUAUAAGGGAAUCUACUGCGUGCUUCUCUUGGUUGUGGUGUGACCCUGUGUGGUUCGGUUGCGAUGCCUUUUCGCCUGUGCUACAUCCUUCUGCUUCAGGAGUCAGGUGACUUGAGCACGAGCUAAGUUCGUAAACACGAGGUCAAAGAAGGAUUUCCCUCCUCAGAGCUUCUCAUCUGGCCACACAAAAGGCCUCCCCAUUGGGAUUAUCUUGUCAUUUGUUCUCCUAACUUCUAUGAAGUUGCCUUCCCUUGUGUCUUUUUUUGUUUAAUUUGUUUUAAUUUCUUUCAUGCUUUACAUUGUUACGAUUUUGGGCGGUGAGGUUUGCCUUGUGGAGGCUCCGCGGAGCUUGGUGGAAGACGUGCCCUCCUCUCUGUCACGAAAUGCUUUGAAAACCAGACUUGACGUUUGUAGUAGAAAGGUUGCUGGGGUAGCGUUUUUGGCUGCACAGUACACUUGUUUACAGCUGAAAGCAGCAGUGUUAGUUACUGAGGAAUAAAACAAAAAACUUUCAGAAACGGCUGUCCUUAAAUUAUUUUUGAGUUAAUUUUACGAUGCGGAUUGUAUUUAAGGCUUCGUCGACAAAACGCCAUUACGCUCAGUUUGCGUUCUUUUGUUCAUAACUCGCUGUCAUCAUCACCAUCAUUAAUACUGUUAUUGCUCUUUCUCCAUCAUAUAAAUUGUUUACUGCUGAUGCUCGACUUGGAGCUUUUUGCCUUCUGUAAACAGUUAGCAUGAUUGGCUACAGGUUUACAGCUCUGCUGAGAGCAAGUGAGUCCUUGUGUUUGAACGGUUGAAGGAUGGAGGAGCUCUGGGUCAAGUUGCUUAACGAUGAGCCUUCAUUACGGUCCGACGAGGGAAACCGAGAAACUGACAGUUUAACAGAUCUGUAACAACUGAUAGGUUAAGGCACAAAUGUUUUCUUUUUGUGUCUCGCAUCCUCAUUUGGAUUGUUUGAUGGACAUCUUCCAAUUUGUCCGCGCCAUGAUAAGUGAAUGUUUUGGGUUUUCCUUUUUCUUUCUUUCUUUUUUUUUUUUUUUCCUUUCUCCAUACCACACUUAAAGCCUCUGGCUGCUCCUUGCUACAUUUAUUGUUUAGGUACACCGCUCACUUAUACAUAUGAGUAUGUAUACAUACAUUAAUAUACUAAAGCACUAUUAACGUGCCACCUCUUAUUCUACUCGCUCAGCAUUUAUAUUAAAUGAUCUCUACUUAGAAUCAGCAAAAUGUUUUUUUUUGUUUUUUUUUUAUUGUUUUCUGUCCACUGGUUGCCAACACAGACUUUAUCCUUUCCCAGACGAAGGACUUCUGUGUGCAUUGAUGUGUGUUCACUUAAUCUUUUGUGUUCAAACAAAGAUGUUCUUUAUAGACUAUGCUUCCGAAGAAGACAAAAUCUGUAUCUUUGGAAAAUUUAUGGAGAUGUUUUGUGUGUGCUAGAUUGUAUUGUAGAAAAUGUACCCUGAGGUUUUUUUUUUCAUCUUGUUUUUUUUUUUUUUUUUUUACACCCUCCCCUUGAAGUGUGCCGUACCGGGUGAUAGUGUUGAGGUUAUUAGAAACAUGUUGGGGGCUCUUGCCCAGUGUCUCCCCCGUGAGAAUUAGCAGAAGUCUCUGAUGAAAGAGUUGGCCUUAAAUCCUCUUAAGAAGCUCCUUAACAUUUUCCGUUCUAGGAGCAUGAGGUGAUCUCACAAAUUGUAAGUAACUCUGAAGUGAUCUAAUGUGGAGGACCCUAGCAGACCCCCCCCCCCCCCCCCCCCCCGCCGCCAUUAUAAAAAAAAACAAAAAAAAAAUCAGAUGAAACAGCAACAACAAAAUAAGCAACUUAAACCAGAUUUGAAGUAAGAUUUAUAUUUGUAUUGUUGCUAAUGGGGAUGUUUUUGAUCUCUCUGGGUUUGAAGUUUUCCUUUCCCCCCUUUCUUUCCAUUAUUGGUGAAUUUACCGACUCGCAAAUCUUUAACACAUCGCUUGACCUGUUGCAGUCAGCAGCUUUAUUCAAGUAAAAUGCCCACAUUUGUUGCUUUGCAAGAAGCUGGCGUACUCGCUGAGAAACUCGUUAAAAAGAAGGAAUGGGGUUUAGCCAUGAACUGGUAACGUCCUGUUUUAUAGAGUUUGUCGUUUCUCACAUUUCUAAAUGCAAGUUAACCAAAACUACCACGGAGCUGAUUUCUUCCUAAUAGGUCACUGCUGGUCUGAAUGAGCCUAAAACACCUUUAGCUUAGCAGAACUGACAUACAACAAUGUAUGGAGUGGUUUAUGAUAAUAGUAAAUAGCAAAGAUUUUCAUUUCAAUUUCCUGUGUGUUUUGUUUGAGUGGAACUGCUACCUACGCCCCUGAUUUAAGUAACCAGUUAACCCCUCUACUCCCGCCCUUGACCACUGAACUCUGUUACUGCUGUUUGAGGCUCACAUUUUAUUCCUGGACUUUCUGGGGAAAUUCGCAAAUGGCUUUUUUAUAUGAUUACUCCCUUGUAAAAUAUCUCUUAAAUUAAGGUACAGGUUUGAUUUCAGCAAGAAAAAAAGUUUUAUAUGUAUAUUAUACUCCAUUAAGGAAUGUCUAGAAUUAUCUUCCUCCAAUGUGGAUGUAGCCAUUAUUACGCCAUUUUAUGACUUUGUAAGAGAAUUCACUGUGUGAAAAUUGGUUCGCAUUUUUGUAUAAUACAAUCUGCUUUUUUUUUUUUGUUUGAUACAAGAGGGAGGUCAAACUGGAAGUUUGAAGAGAGGAAAAAAAAAGAACCUGUGAAAUUGAGAAAACAAAAUGUAACUUAUGUACAACAGUGAUUCUAAGCUGAGGGGGGAAGAUUAAAUGAUAUUGCUAACUCUGAA